CCGAUAUAGAUCUGCAGCGCGGACCGGGCCGCAGCCAGCGCAGCGAAACACGCCGAGAAGAGGGGGCCGCUCACGUUACGCAGUCGAAAUACCACAAGACACACCAGCGUGCAGGGUACUAUUCCUGUCUGUUCAAAAUACAGGCCCCAGAGUAACAAUGACAAGAUGAUGGGUUGAAAAGCUCAAUCUUUCAUAUAAGAUGAUGGAAGGAAAUGAGGACUCUAUUGAAGACCAUCUCACUGCUUAUGCAAUUCAGCUUAGUAUUCAAGAAUCAAUUGAAGCCAGUCAACCAACAACUUCCCAUUACCAUGAAAGAUUUGUACCACCCAGUGAUCAAAAUAGGAAACUUAUAGCAGCCAUAAGACAAGGUCAAGUAUUUGAUCUUCAGAGCUAUGUGAAACAUAAAUAUGCUUUGGAUGAAGCUGAUGAAAGAGGCUGGUUCCCACUUCAUGAGGCUGCAGCUCAGCCAAUUCAGCAAAUACUUGAAAUCAUUCUGGAUGCAUCUUAUAAAUCAAUGUGGGAAUACAAAACAUGUGAUGGAGAAACACCUUUAACUUUGGCAGCAAAAGCUGGUUUUGUGGAAAAUGUAAGAACGUUAUUGGAAAAGGGUGUUUGGCCUAAUACCACAAACAAUAAAGGAGAAACUCCUCUUCUCAUUGCUGUGAGACGGGGCUCUUACGAAAUGGUAUUGGCUCUGAUUAAAUACAACUGUCAUAUCCACCAGCCAUGUGUAAAACGCUGGUCAGCAAUGCAUGAAGCUGCAAAACAAGGCUGCAAAGAGAUUGUUUCUCUGCUUCUGAAGAAUGGAGGAAAUGUGCACCUGAAAGAUGGAUAUGGGGUAACGCCAUUAGGAGUUGCUGCUGAAUAUGGACACUGUGAUGUGCUGGAGCAUCUUAUUCAUAAAGGUGGUGAUGUUCAUGCUUUAGCAGAUGAUGGUGCAUCAAUACUGUUUGAAGCAGCUGGAGGAGGUAAUCCAGACUGUGUAGCUCUUCUUUUGGAAUAUGGAGGAAGUGGUAAUGUGCCUAAUAGGGCAGGACAGCUCCCUAUACACAAAGCAGCCUAUGAAGGACAUUAUUUGUCACUGAAAUAUCUAAUUCCAGUUACAUCCAAGACUGCAAUCCAGAGAAGUGGGUUAAGCCCCAUUCACUCAGCAGCAGAUGGCCAGAAUGUGCAGUGUCUAGAGCUCCUCAUUGAAAAUGAUUUUGAUGUCAAUACUCUCCUGGCUGAACACAUUUCUGAAAACUAUGAUGAUGAAAGGAAAACAGCACUCUAUUUUGCUGUUUCUAACAAUGACAUUCUCUGCACAGAAGUGUUACUCAAAGCUGGUGCAGACCCAAACAAGGAUCCUCUAAAUUGUCUUCUUGUAGCAGUGAGAGCUGGUAACCAUGAAAUCGUACGAUUGCUUCUAUCCUAUGGAGCAAAUGUCAAUUGCUACUUCAUGCUUGUGAAUGACACCCAUUUCCCCAGUGCCAUUCAGUAUGCUUUGAAUGAUGAGGUAAUGCUAAGGCUGUUGUUGAAUCAUGGAUAUAAUGCAGAGAGGUGUUUUGAUUGUAUGCAUGGCAACAUCUUUGGAAGUUCUUUUGUGUGGUCACUUCCAGAAGAGGAGGUAUUACCAGGAUGGACAUCUUGUGUAAUAAAAGAUACUCCAUUCUGUGCCUUUAUUACAGUUCCUUGGUUGAAACACUUAGUUGGACAUGUGAUACGCAUUUUGAUAGACUAUAUGGAUUAUGUUCCUUUGUGCUCAAAACUAAAGUGUGUCCUAGAAGCACAGAAAGAAUGGCCAGAGAUACGUCAGAUAUUAGAGAAUCCUCGCCCAUUAAAACAUUUGUGCCGCCUGAAAAUACGUAAACUGAUGGGACUAAGGAGUCUACGGAGACAAGCAUCAAUGGCAAAGCUUCCUCUUCCACCAGUUCUAAAGGACUAUAUCCUAUAUAAAGAAUAUGAUCUUUAUGGAAAGGGGCUAAAUUUAGCUUAGAUUUAAAACAGUCAUUUAAAACUUGUAAAUUAAUUCUUUAGAAUUUUUUGCUAGAUUGAGAAUUAUUUAGUAUUGUUAUAUGUAC